UUUCUGGCUCUGGCACCGGCGCCUGCGCACUGGGCGGCUGCUCUGGGCCGUUACCGCUAAGUGUGUGGGGCGUGUGUGUGCAAAUCGCGUUGAAACCUAGCGGAUCAGAGGGUCCGGGAGACUGAUCGGAGCGGCGAGACGGAGUUCUAGGGCUUGACAGCGCGCGGAGGAGAUUCCAGGGACACGACGCCGCUACCCGACUCCCCCAAAUCCCGUCGGUUCCCUCUCAGCUCUGAGGGGAUGAUGUAGCUUGGCCAAAGACUUAGAAGCUAAGCAGAAAAUGAGCUUAACAUCUUGGUUUUUGGUGAGCAGUGGAGGCACUCGCCACAGGCUGCCACGAGAAAUGAUUUUUGUCGGAAGAGAUGAUUGUGAGCUUAUGUUACAGUCUCGUAGUGUGGAUAAACAACAUGCAGUAAUCAAUUAUGAUGCUUCUACUGAUGAACAUCUAGUGAAAGAUUUGGGCAGCCUAAAUGGGACUUUUGUGAAUGAUGUAAGGAUUCCAGAACAGACUUAUAUCACCUUGAAACUUGAAGAUAAGCUGAGAUUUGGAUAUGAUACAAAUCUUUUUACUGUAGUGCGAGGUGAAAUGAGGGUUCCUGAAGAGGCUCUAAAGCACGAGAAGUUUACUAUUCAGCUUCAGUUAUCCCAAAAAUCAUCAGAAUCAGAAUUAUCAAAAUCUGUGUGUACUAAAAACCUAGACUCGAAAGUAGUAGAUGCUGCUAUGGAAGCACAGCCCAAAGCUAAAGAAGCACUGAAAUGUGAGGAAAAAGCUAUGGACAAUUCUGCUGUGCCCCGUGGUACUCCGUUAUAUGGUCAGCCAUCAUGGUGGGGGGAUGAUGAAGUAGAAGAAAAAAGAGCUUUCAAGUCAAAUGACAAACCUGAAGAAAAAAGUCUUGAAACCGUGACACCAGGGUGCAGCAUAGAUGUCAAACAAGCUGAAGAACAAUCUGCAGCUGCAAAUGAAGAAGCACUUUUUCCUUUUUGUAGGGAACCAAGUUAUUUUGAAAUCCCUACGAAAGAAUUUCAACAGCCUUCACAAAUAACAGAGAGCACAAUUCAUGAAAUCCCAACAAAAGACACACCAAGUUCUCAUACAGCAGGUGCAGGACAUGCUUCAUUUACCAUUGAAUUUGAUGACAAUACCCCAGGAAAGGUAACUAUAAAAGACCAUGUGAUGAAAUUUGCUUCUGAUCAGCGCCACAAAUCAAAAAAGUCUUCUCCUGGAACUCAAGACCUACCAGGAAUUCAAACAGGAAUGAUGGCACCAGAAAACAAAGUAGCGGACUGGCUAGCACAGAACAACCCUCCUCAGAUGGUAUGGGAAAGAACAGAAGAGGAUUCCAAAAGUAUUAAAAGUGAUGUUCCAGUUUACUUGAAAAGGUUGAAAGGAAAUAAACAUGAGGAUGGUACUCAAAGUGAAUCAGAGAACGCUGGAGCUCACAGACGCUGUAGCAAGCGUGCACUCUUUGAGGAACACUUAGCGCCACCAUUCAGAUCAGAAAAAGCUACACAAGACCAUUCUACUGAAAAGCAUCAAGACCAAGCUGUUACUAGCUCUACGCAUCACAGAGGGGGGCAUGUUGUUCCACAUGGGAAAUUGUUUAAACAGAAAUCAGAGGAACCAUCGAUGUCUAUUCCCUUUCUGCAAACUGCCUUAUUAAGAAGUUCAGGGAGUCUUGGCCACAGACCAAGCCAGGAGAUGGAUAAAAUGUUAAAAAAUCAAGCUACUGCUGCUACUUCUGAAAAGGAUAAUGAUGAUGAUCAAAGUGACAAGGGUACUUAUACCAUUGAGUUAGAGAAUCCCAACAGUGAGGAAGUGGAAGCAAGAAAAAUGAUUGACAAGGUGUUUGGAGUAGAUGAGAAUCAGGAUUAUAACAGGCCCAUUAUCAAUGAAAAACAUAAAGAUCUGAUAAAAGAAUGGGCCCUCAGUUCUGCCACAGUAGUAUUGGAAGAAAGAAAACCACUGAAUUCAUCUGGAUUUCAUAGCUCAGAGGAAGGAACCUCUUCAUCUGGAAACAAACGUUGGGUUUCACAAUGGGCUAGUUUGGCUGCUAAUCAUACAAGGCAUGAUACAGAAGAAAGGAUGAAGGAAUUGUCUGUACCAGUUCCAUUAGAGAAUGAUACAGAUAUCAAUGAGUCUGGCAUUUCAAUGAGAAGUACUGGUUCAUCAACUUCCUUGGCUAGUCAGGGAGAGAGAAAGAAACGAACCCUUCCCCAGCUUCCAAAUGAAGAAAAGUCUCUUGAGAACUCUAGAGCAAAGGUUACACUACAAAGAUCAGAAAUAGGGGAAAAACAAGACACAGAACUUCAGGAGAAAGAAGUACCUGCACAGGUGUAUCAAAAAGAUGAACAUAAUGCUGACAGGGGUCUGAAUAAAAUGAGCAGUACAAUAAAUGGUGAUACUCUUGAAACUGUUGGAGAAAAGACCCUGCCUUACUCUGGCAAUUCAUCUGAAAAGGAGAAAAGUGAAACUGAAAAGGAAACUUCCUUAUUAAAGCCAGCGUUAGGUAAAAUUCAUCAACAGGAACAAGGACAGUGGACACCUUCUAAAAUAACUUCCAAAAAUGUUUUAGAUAGAUGUAGGGAGGAAUAUUUCAAACAAGAGUCACAACCUCAAGAAAAAAUUCCAGGACAUUCUGCAAGCAAAGAAAGAGUGAUGCCAAAUGAGAGCAGGAGAAGAAAAACUGAGGAAAUUCUGAAAAAUCAAACUCCUAAAGGAGGAGACAAGAAAGAAUCCUCCAAAUCAUUAAUGCGACAAGGAAGCUUCACCAUAGAAAAACCUAGCCCAAAUGUACCAAUAGAACUUAUUCCCCAUAUAAAUAAGCAGAAUUCAUCUACACCCCCUUUAGCUUUACCUUCUGUCAAUAGAAUUAGAGAACGAAGUGAUUCUAUGGAUACUGAUUCUGGUAUGGACACAACCCUUAUUCUAAAAGACACAGAGGCAGUUAUGGCUUUUCUGGAAGCUAAACUGCGUGAAGAUAAUAAAACUGAUGAUGGUCCAGAUACUCCCAGCUACCAUAGAGAUAAUUCUAUUUCACCAGAAUCUGAUGUGGAUACAGCUAGUACAAUUAGUCUUGUCACUGGAGAGUCUGAAAGAAAGUCAACCCAAAAGCGAAAGAGUUUCACUAGUCUUUAUAAAGAUAGGUGUUCCACAGGUUCUCCUUCUAAAGAUGUCACAAAAUCAUCAUCUUCAGGUGCUAGAGAAAAAACUGAAAAGAAAAAAAGAAGUUGUACAGAUGUAGGCUCAAGAGCAGAUAGUCGUAAAUUUAUACAAUCCAGUGGUAGAAUAAGACAACCUUCAGUAGAUUUAACAGAUGAUGACCAGAAUUCUAGUGUACCUCACUCUAUUUCUGACGUUAUGUCAUCUGAUCAGGAAACUUAUUCUUAUAAAUCUCAUGGAAGGACCCCACUUACCUCAGCUGAUGAGCACACACAUUCUAAACUGGAAGGAAGUAAAGUAACUAAAUCUAAGACUUCUGUAGCACCUGGUUCCUCAAACAAAUCAACUACUCUUCCAAGGCCACGACCUACCAGGACUUCCCUCUUGCGCAGAGCACGACUUGGUGAAGCUUCAGACAGUGAACUCGCUGAUGUUGACAAAGCAUCUGUUGCUUCAGAGGUAUCCACAACAAGUUCGACAUCAAAACCACCUACAGGAAGACGUAGCAUUUCUAGAAUUGAUUUAUUGGCUCAACCUCGUAGAACAAGGCUUGGCUCAUUAUCAGCUCGGAGUGACUCUGAAGCAACAGUCUCUAGAAGUACUUCUUCAAGGACUGCAGAAGCUGUAAUUAGAAGUGGAGCCAGAUUAGUACCAUCUGAUAAGUUUUCCCCUAGAAUAAGAGCGAACAGUAUUUCUCGGCUAUCAGACUCCAAGGUUAAAAGUAUGACCUCUACACAUGGCUCUCCAGUAAAUUCAAGAUGGAGGCGCUUUCCUACUGAUUAUGCUUCCACCUCAGAAGAUGAAUUUGGAUCAAACCGUAAUUCACCUAAACAUACUCGUCUACGUACUUCUCCAGCCCUGAAAACGCCUCGAUUGCAGAGCUCUGGGUCAGCAAUGCCUGCUAGUUCUUCAUUCAAGCAUCGAAUAAAAGAACAGGAAGACUACAUCCGAGACUGGACUGCUCACCGAGAAGAGAUAGCUAGGAUCAGCCAAGAUCUUGCACUCAUUGCUCGGGAAAUCAACGACGUAGCAGGAGAGAUAGAUUCAGUGACAUCAUCAGGCACUGCCCCUAGUACCACAGUAAGCACUGCUGCCACCACCCCUGGCUCUGCCAUAGACACUAGAGAAGAGUUGGUUGAUCGUGUUUUUGAUGAAAGCCUCAACUUUCGAAAGAUUCCUCCAUUAGUUCAUUCUAAAACAUCAGACGGAAACAGCUGUCAGUCUAGUGAUCCAAGACCUCAAACAGCAGAGCCACACGAUCACUUAACAAUUACAAGACGGAGAACCUGGAGUAGGGAUGAAGUCAUGGGAGAUAAUCUAUUGCUCUCAUCAGUCUUUCAGUUCUCUAAGAAGAUAAGACAGUCUAUAGAUAAAACAGCUGGAAAGAUCAGAAUAUUAUUUAAAGACAAAGAUCGCAAUUGGGAUGAAAUAGAAAACAAGUUAAGAACUGAAAGUGAAGUCCCUAUUGUGAAAACUUCGAGUAUGGAGAUCUCUUCUAUUUUACAAGAGCUAAAGAGAGUUGAAAAACAAUUGCAAGCAAUCAACGCUAUGAUUGACCCUGAUGGAACUUUGGAGGCUCUGAACAACAUGGGAUUUUCCAAUGCUAUCUUGCCAUCUCCACCGAACCAGAAACCCACUCCUGUGAAUAACCACAGCAGCCCGGGUCAGACACCAACAAUUUGCCGACCAGAAGCUAGGGUUCUUCAUCCUCCUGCUGCCUCAGUCUCAGCUGAAAUUGAGAAUGCUGAAGCUGAGGCUGAUUUCAGUAUACAUUUCAAUAGGUUCAACCCUGAUGGGGAAGAAGAGAUGACACUACAUGAAUGACUUUCUCUUAAUUUUUAAAAAAAAUAAUUGCCUCUGGAAAAACUAGGAAUAUUGGAAGCAACAUAUUGUUGACUUAUACAUUAACACAAGACAGCUUGGUCAACUGCAAUUUUGGUAUCUCUGUCUUGUUAAUUUUAUUUUUUUUAACCUAUAGUGUAUGUAGUAUUAAUAAUUCUUUUAAACCAUUUUAGACAAACCACUUGACGCACAUAUAGGAAAAAGCAAGUUGUGGCCAUUCACCUUUUAUGGUUUUAAGAUUUACAAAUUGAAUUAUAUAUCUUUGUAUAAUCCAAAGAUCCUCAAUGGAUCUUUGUUUUGUUUUCUUUAAGCCAUGCUGUGACCUACAAGCAACCUAAAUAUUCAACACUUCUGACCCCAAUGUCUCCAGUGCCAAGCUGCUCCCUGAAAUGAACUUUUUCUUCAUCUGUAAAGAUUUGUUAAACUUCUACUUGCUUCUUUAUAAUAGGAUUUAUAUUGGUAUUCAUUAUCAUUGGAUACAAUAGCGUAUUACUCCCCACAGUAAAAUGAACCCAUCAAAGCAGUUAUUCUUGGAUUCUGAAAUUUUCCAGCAUAUAUGAAAUUUGUGUAAGUUUUAUUGCUACAUGAAUUGAGAUUUACAGAGAUAUUUGCACUAGGAUUUUCUGGGAGUGGUAGGUAGACAUAUAUAAAAAGGACUAACCUUUUUUUUUUUUUGUUACAUAGCAGAUUAAUAAUACUGUAUUUUGUUUUACCCCUAGUAUCUAUUUUAUUCCACUUUCAAGAAGUCCAAUUUGGCACUUUUUAAUUUUUUUAAAUGGAAGUAAGAUUUUAUCUCAUUUUAGGGAAGGUGAUAACUAGAAAGGUUAAACUAGGCAGGUAGUUUCAUUGAAGUCUAACUUUUAAAACUAAGACCAUGUAUAAUGGUCCUUUGUUUCUAAGGUUAUAUGUGAUAGUAGAAAAGCAAAUUUCCCCUAAAACGAUCAUGAAGUUAAAAUUUUCUUCACUAUAAGACUUUGAGAAUCUGUAAUCAUAAUAUUAGUUGAUAGUUUCACUUCCAAACAAUGAAUUCGUUCUGUGUAUUUCCCUAUAGUAGUAAAUACUCUCACUGUCUUGUACAUAUAUAAGGACCCUGCAAGAUGAUAUCGACAAUGACUUUGGGUCUAUGCUACUAAAACAAGAAACUUGUGAAAAUAUCUUCUAUUAAUUGGUUUUUCCUCUUUCUGAGUAAGUUCACAUUUGUAUAAGUUUUGUUUUAGUUGUGUUUUAUUCGUUUGGGGGGUUUUGUGGGAGGUUCUAUGGGUUUUAUUUUUUGUUUUGUUUUGGGGCCACACCCGGCAGUGCUUAGGGUUACUUCUGACACUGUGCUCAGGAAUCAUACCUGGCAAGCUCGGGAACCAUAUGGGAUGCGGGGAAUCGAACCCUGGUCAGUUGCAUGCAAGGCAAAUGUCCUAACUGCUGUACUAUCUAUCGCUCUGGCCCAAACAUUUGGUUAAGUUUUAAAAGAAAGUAAUUAUCUUCAGGUUUCCAGAACACUAUAGUAAAUCUUAAUUUGGUUAAAUAUUUUUAGUAAAUUUGUAUUCUCCCUUUGACUACAUCACUCCCCAAAACUUAAAAUUACAACUUUUCACAAACAUAUUAACUGUUCAUCUCAAAACUUUAUAGGAUUGUUUUAAGUCCCAUAUUGUUGGGCUGACUAAUUAAAAGCAUUUUGUAGAGACAAAAUAUAAAUUUGCUGUAUAACGGAUCUCAUUUCUUUUUAAGUUUAAAAAAUUAAAUGAACUAUUCUCCAUGUAAA